AUGGCGGCGUCUCAGACGUCGUUCCCUUCUGGAGGCAUCGUCAUUGCAGGGAUUGGAUUAACACACAAAUCACCUAAUUCUUAUGACAUCUAUGACAAAACCACAGACUCUUGGUGCUCCCACAAGAACCUGAUGUUCACCCCUGACAUUGUCAAAUUCGUGGCGUUGGAUAAUGAGCUGGUGACAAUCCACCAGGCGUGCUGGAAUAGGAUGUACUUCCCGGGUAUAUACCACCUGGUCGACCAGUCCUGGAGGGGCAAGGAGAAUGAGAUUGCCCUAUGCCGGUCUGGCCCGACGGUCGUUGUGGACCGGAUGCUUUGCAUGCUUGACCAGUCCCUAGGCACCAAGCUGAUGAUAUGGCUGAAUGAGACUAAGGAGUUGGUGAUGGUUGGCAGGCUAUCGGACAAGCCGCGCCCACCCUGUGAGCUCGAGGCCGGCAGCAGGAAGAUCUACGUGAUCGGCCGGGGGCUGAGCACAGUGACCAUCGACAUGGACACGGUGGCCAGUGUGGAUGGGUUCCUUGUGUCCUCAUCAACGGGCCCACUGAUGGAGCAUGACUUCUUGCUCAAGAAGUGCAGGGUCAUCACCAUCUGA